CUGACAAGUUCCAAGAUCCAAGCAGCAGUACUGAUCUGUAGAAGUUUUAAUUUAGCUCUUAGGUUUGAGGUUUGCUUUUAUCACACAACAAAUUACCAUGGCUUCACCUGCAAAGAUCAUCUGCCUUGUGGCUUUUCUGAGUGCAUUCUGCCUGAUGACCGAAGCCAAAGCGAAAUUUCCAGGAAUGGCAAGAAAUAUCGCACCUCCACAGAAACAAACCCUGAGCGACCCCCAAGCACCGAUGGCCCAGACCGACGACGCCUCUACCUCAGCAUCAUCCGAAUCGACGUCAUCAGAAACAGACGACGACGACGCUGCCGCUGCUCCAGCCGCAGCCGCACCCGCGCCCGCACCCGCAGUCGCUCCAGUUGGCGGAAACCUCCCCUUUUUGGCGGCGAACGGUCGUCAGUUGCCGAACAUCGGAGCUCGGGACCCAAAUCUGAUAUUCGGCAGGGGAUCCGGGAGUUCGGGGAAGAGUGUUGGGAUUGCAUUCGCCGUUCUUGCACUGAUAGCUGUGGUAGUGGUAGGAGCUUACUUUUCAGUCCGCAAAUACAGGCCACGCUUCGCUAUGUUUGAGGAAGAAGAAUGAACACAAAACGGAGAUUCUGAACAUUUCUUGCUGGAGAAGGAUGUGCUAGAAGAUGAUGCCCUAAUUGCUGCGUGAUAUUUAUUCAUCUAAUGUACUUCUCUGUUAUAUAUAUUUGCUCGCUUAUUGUGAGCAUACCGUCGGUAUUUUUUGUUAACCUUUUAUAUCGUCUAAUCACCUUGCUAACAACCUAAUUGCCUCCCACUUGUUGCUUUUUGAAGCUUUUGAUCAAGUUAUCUAA